CUAGAGAACAGCCAAAAAUUGAAGUUUUAUAGCAACUUUAGUAUACGACGACCUCAACAAGUAGAAAUUCGCUUUGUUUUCGAUCUUCUUCCGUACGCUUUAUCGUCCUCCCGACUCCAAAAUGGCGCUUUCCGUCUCUCGUCGCGUCUGCAGCAGCUGCGCCAGCUUAUUCACAGCAACAGGGUUCUUGUACAACUUUCUUGGAGCUUCGCUCCUCUUCGGGCCGCAGCUGAUUUUCGGAAAAGUCGGAACUGCAGACGCAGUGCGCAUGCUUGUCCGCGGAAGGGAAGAUCAAGACAGUGCUCCUCAAGGAGUAUCCAAGAAGAAAACGUUGUAGGUGUUACUUUUUUGGAGGAACAGCAUUACAAAUUCGUCUGGCAUGACAGCAAAAACCUGUCAUGCGCAGAUACUACGUGAAAACGUCCUUUACUGAACCCUACGACGCAUGCCAAGCAUGACAGACGCAAUCUUUUUGCAUGUUGCGCAUCACAAAUUUACACUUCUAACAACGUUUUUUUCUUGGAUAAGGAGGUCAUCUGGCGCAUUGGGUGGACAGUUGGGUGGAAGAACUUACCUAUGAACUGCAAAAGCAUCGUACUCGUAUUGCAAUCAUGCAUUACAAAUCUUGUUCUUAAGGUAAAUCAGCAUCACAAAUUUUAUUUGUCAUGCUGAGGAAAUUUGUAAUGCAUUUAUACGAGUACGAUACUUUUGCACUGCAUAUUACCGAACCAGAACGAGAGAAGGUUUUCUAUGAAAUGCAAAAGCAUCGCGCCCACUAGGUAUAAAUCGCAUGACAAAUUUCCUCAGCAUGAGAAAUGAAAUUUGUAACGCGGAUUGAACUUGAGAACGAAAGCGAAACUUGUAAUGCAUGACUGCGAUAAUUACUACGAGUAUCGGAUACUUUUGCACAGGAUAUUUUGCGCAAACUAGCAAUUCGUGGCGACGGCGACACGCAGCCCAGCAAGCUGGCAAGGUUUGGCUUGAUUGGGGAGGAUAUCAAAGGCAAAUAUGUCUGGGUCUCAAAGAAUGCAGACUUGUCAUGCAGAUUUUCCAUGACCCAUGAGGUCUGAGUCUGGGACUUAGCAUGACAGAUUCUGCGAGGUCUCUGCCAUGCCUAUCCUGCAUGAGAAACUCCCUUCCAACUUGGUCAAAAGUGGACAGCUUUUGGCCCUCAUGCAACACAGAUUUUUCCAUGCUUCAGAUUUACCAUGACAAGUUGCUUUUUUCCAGACCCAGACAUAUUUGCAAUGCAUAGAGGAGAAGCGCUUUCUUGCGACGUCCUCUACUACUUCCGGCGCAGCUGGCAGCUCGUCUACUUCUUUCCACGACCCGUCCGCCCGACGUAGAAAAACCGCAGCGGCCCAGCGAAGGGACAUCAGGGAUAGAAGUACGACUCUUUCGAUGGCGGACGCAGUAGAACUAGAAAGGCACGACCAGAGAGGCAUAGAAAUAAGUCCUUCAGCUUUCAAUUACCCUUGUAGCCUCCACGACCAAGGAAAUUAUGAAGAACUAGGACGAGUGCAACUUGACCCUCCAAGUACAACAUCUGCUGUGCCUGUGCCCCCGCCCGCCGUGCUCAACAACCUACCUCCGGAGAUCAUGAUGGAUGUUGACACCGAAAUGUAAAGAAAUUUGAUUCCGGAUGGUUACGAGCUGCCUCCAGGCGACGGUGGCUGCGAGGCGGAUCAGAAUUUUUUCAGGUCAGUGGCCUCAGACGGCUUGAUUGAAGUGUACAAGAAGUUUUUUCCGUUGAACGACAACUACGUAGACAAAGCGCCGCGGACUUCGCUCGACAAAAUCACGGACGACGACAAAGGGGUCCUGCGGCUACUCCACGAUUCUCUCGUAUCCACUGCAAGAUUCGUCUUGAUGUCCCGGCGUGAGAACUGGUGGUGGGGAAAAGAAUGCAAGACGAGAUGUUGGCAGCUGUCAUGCUCAUGCAAUAUAGCACGACUUCGAAAGCCAAGGUACCAGGAGAAGUUGCUCUAGUGGAAUUUUUAUGCGUGCCGAAGUAGAUACAAGAACCUUACAUCACGAGGUAGACGUUCUACUUUGAGAAGGCAAAGCUCUAUGUACUCAGUGCUGAAGCUGAAAUACCAAAACCUGCAGAGGCUUUUGCAGUCUAUAGAAACGAACAGUGCAGAUGAGUUGGAGUUCUGUCUCACACGACAGUAGAGCUGCCAGCAGCACAUCAAAUUUGCAUCCUGGUUCUCCCUCCAGUUGUCCGAGACAGGAUGUUUAUUGCACUGGAUACCUCGCCGGACAUCACGACUACCAUGUUGGCAGGCUCGGGAACAAAGAGGGGACACCAAGUGCUACGCUGCAAAAUAUGAGUAAGGUGCUUACCAAGCUCGGCUUAAGCGGCUUGCUCGGAGGUUAAAGGAAGUUAAUAGGAAAAAUCCAAGCCGUGGCUUCGGGGUUUCGGGAUAGGUCAGUGGCCUUCAGUUACGGCUUGGUUAGAGUGUACAAAAUAGAACACUUUGCGUUGUAUAAGAACGACGCGUACGUCGGUAAAUUUCCCACAAACGCAGAGCUCACGGCAAGUAUUUCGCCCGCGGACAAAAGCGAUUUGUGUGCACUGCGAGACGUCCUCGCCAUCCACGACCACGGGCGAGUCCAGCUUUUUGGGUACGGGACACAGAGUUUCACGCUGCAGAAUAUGAGUACGGUGCUUGCCCGGUUACGAUCAUGGCUCGACUCCGAUUCGUAAUUAAGUAAUACGCACUACGAUGAAAUAUAGGACAACACUACAGUAGUUGGUUCAAAACGACGACGAGUUGUUUUGUAAGGUUUUCAAACAUUUUGAAGAACCUUUUUCGAAUUUGUGAUGCUAUAAGAUGUAAGAUUGAAAGUCCCUACAACAUGUACGAUUUUUGAAAUUUUAAUGUGAAUGCAGGAUAUAUGGUAUUUAAAGAUAUGGCACUGGAAUUGGAGUGUGGGGCCCGACCUGAGCAGGGGACCUAUUCAAAAGACUGGUUUGGAGGCGACCGGACCCCCCUAGAGCAGUUUUGAUGACAGGAGCAAGUGAAGUAAAGUUUUAGGGUACAAGUCCUCUUGUAACACCGCUGGUCAGAAUCAGAAUCAGAAAGGUCUUGGCUUGGCUUGGCUGCGGGGCGGCGUUCCAGAACUUUAAGAGUGCAGCUGGAGCUAUUCAUGAGCUAUAACUUGACCACGCAUACUAAGUUCUAGUAGAGGCGGCUAACGACGAACUUGUCCUCCCCCCACGUGAUCAUACAAACCCCGGCCUGAAAUUCAUGCUUACUGGGUGGGGCUGGGAAAAUAGGCCAUGAACCCGACAAGAACGCCGGCAGUCUUAUACUUGGCCAACGAAAUAACUUCACGCGCCUGACGGGAGCACCACGUCUUUAACCCUAAAACCCUGUCUAAGUUAUCAG